AUGUCGGAGUUCGCGGGCGCCGGGAUGCCGAUGCAGGGCGAGGCGCGACUGCUGAGCGGGCUCACCGAGAAGGCGAUACGCAACGGCUUCGUCCGGAAGGUGUAUGGUAUCCUGGGGGCGCAGCUGGUCGCCACCGCUGUCAUCGGCCGGAUCAUCAUGAGCGUUGGCGACUCUUUGCAAGAGAGCACGGUCCUUUUCCUGCUGUUCAUGUCGCUGGCGAUCUCGGUGGCGAUGAUGUGCGUGUUCAUGUGUAGACCAGAUAUGAUGCGCAAGUCUCCGUCGAAUUACAUCUGUCUCGGGCUGUACACGCUCGCGAUGGGCAUCAUGGUCGGUUUCAUCAGCGCCCAGUACACCCAGGAGUCUGUACUCAUCGCCCUCGGCAUCACGUGUCUCGUCGUGGUUGGCCUGACUGCGUUUGCCUGCCAAACAACGUACGACUUCACAGGCUGCGGGCCCUACCUGUUCUGUGCCUGCCUCGUUCUGAUGGGCUUCAGCUUCACACUGUGGAUCGCCUCCAUGGCUGGUCUCCACGGCCCAGCCUUCCAGACUGCGCGCCUCGUCUAUUCCGCCAUGGGUGCCAUGCUCUUCUCGGUGCAACCCCCCUCCUAA